CCAUCGAGUGCUUUAUACAUCGAGCCUGAAAUGUCCACUAAGAACGUCACAUUCUUUUCAGGUAUCGCACCAAAAAGUGACGGCCAUUUAAUACUUCUUCUUUCAGACAUUGUUCCUGGCAUUUCAAUUCUUGUGUGACUACAAUUCAAGUGCUUUUUAGCAAGUUCUAACAGCCAAAUAAUUAUUUGACUCUUGUUUUAACAGAGAAGGAAUCGCUGAUGCUGCAAUUUGUAAACGUAAAUUUGCUUCUUUCUUUGGAUCGCCGGUUUUCAGAGUCGUUUACGCUCUCCUACCCAGUCUUUAGAUUAAAAUAAAAUAUUUGUCACCAUGAUCUGGCAAUCAGCAAGUUUAAGCCACUGCUUUUUUAUCUUAUCUAUCGAGAAACCAAUAUACUGCACUUCAACUCAACUACCAAAUAGCAACAACAGCUAAUGGCUUCAUUGCUUCAUUGUUGCUUAGCGCGCUCAUAACAGUCUCGGAUUCAAUGCGAGAUUAUUUACUUGCAGAUGAGGUUUGUUUUGCGAACAUUGUGAGUAAAAUUUGCAAAUUAUAGGCAAAGAGAAAUGGAGAAUUAUACCAUACUUGGAAGAAUAGGAGAAGGGGCACAUGGAGUGGUAUUCAAAGCAAAACAUGUUCAAAGUGGAGAGGUAGUUGCGCUCAAGAAGGUCCCAUUACGACGACUUGAAGAUGGCAUUCCAAACACGGCCUUGCGUGAAAUUAAAGCACUGCAACAGAUUGAACACCCUAACAUUGUAAAACUAUACGAAGUUUUCCCGCACGGAACAGGAUUUGUCCUUGUAUUUGAAUAUAUGUUAUCUGACCUAAGUGAAGUUUUGCGAGAUUUUGACCGUCUGCUGACUCAGUCACAGGUGAAAAGCUACAUGCUCAUGUUACUGAAAGGCAUCGCAUAUUGUCAUCAAAACAACAUUAUGCAUCGCGACCUGAAGCCAGCAAAUUUGCUUAUCAGCUCAUUGGGACAACUCAAAAUUGCAGAUUUUGGUCUUGCAAGGGUAUUUAGUAAUCACGAAGAGAGGCUUUACAGCCACCAAGUUGCCACUAGGUGGUACAGAGCUCCAGAGUUGCUAUAUGGUGCUCGAAAAUAUGAAGAGGGAGUUGAUUUAUGGGCUGUUGGUGCCAUUUUUGGUGAACUUCUCAACAAUUCCCCCUUAUUUCCAGGUGAAAGUGAUAUAGAACAGCUUUGUUGUGUUUUGCGUGUUUUAGGCACCCCUGAUGAGAAAACAUGGCCAGGAAUGACGGAGCUACCUGACUACAACAAAAUAACUUUUCCUGCAAUGGAACCUAUACCGCUUGAAAACAUUGUUCCAGAUGCAUCCCCAAUGGCACUAGAUCUUCUAAAAAAAUUUCUUGUAUAUGCAUCAAAAGACAGAAUAGCUGCAAAAGAGGCAAUGCUUCACCCAUACUUCUUUACGGAUCCUCUGCCUGCACAUCAUUCUGAGUUGCCAAUACCAGUCAGAGAUGCACAUAAAAGUAACAGAGGACUAAAAUACCAAGUGUUUGAUGUUGAUGUUCCCAUUGAACAGUCACUUGUCAAAAAAGAACUUCUAGCAAAAUAUGGUAAAGGAUUAUAGGUCUCGUUAGUUGGUUGUGCAAAUAUUUAUGUAAAUUAUAAAAUUAAUUAGGACUAUAAAAUAUCUUCAUUGUUUGAGUCCAAUGCUGGAGUCUCUGUAAUACUUUCCAGUUUUUGUUCUCUCUGUGCUUUCUAGCCUUAAUUGAAAUUACUGUGGGGAGGGGGGGCAUUGUAUGGCAUCUUUUGGCAAUAUUUAGUUUGAAUAUGCAUCUGCUGGUGUAUGGUCUUCAGGCCAAAAAUACUCCUUUUCCAUUCCUUUUGCGGUGAAAGGUAAUACUUUAGCCUGCAAAUGGUCCUUACUUCCUGUUAACGGAGCAACACAGCCUCUGAGUUAUGAUUUUUUUCGAAUUUCAAUUGAGCUUUUCUUAAAAUAUGCCUUGUAUGUGCUUAGCAUGAAGUGUUAGCUUGUAAAAUAUUUUCAACCAGAUAAUUAUGUGUUUUCAACUAAAUGAGAGGUAGGGGGAUGACUCAAUGGUUAAGGUUGCAGACUACAGAUCCAAGUGCCUAGGAUUUGAGUCCCUGCCAUGACCAAAUGUUCACUUAGAGUGGGGUUGUUGCCAGCUCUCUGUAAUCACAAGCAUAUCAAUCCUUUACUGUUGUCACAUUUAGGGGAAGGACUAGGGCACUGAUUGCUAAGCAUAACAAUUUGCGUGAAACAUGCAUGGAAAAUUUUCUGGUAUUUAUAUAAUGUUCUGAGCAGCUAAAAGUAAAAUAAAAUCAAGCAAGGAAAUUUUGGUCAAAGGAAAACAACUUAUCUUUCUUCUGGCCAGAAAUCCGGUAGCCUGAAGCUCAGUUUACUGGUUCUAGUAUAAAUGUCACAUCCCCAGUCUUGUGACUAUUUCAUCAGAAUAGAUACUGGUACAAGUCCCCACACUCAUUAAAAACAUACCCCCAGAUUAUUUAAUGCCACCCCUGGAGCAAGGGAGUGCCAGCUGUUUGCCGUUUCUCAAAAAUCUUGUCUAUACAUCUUUAAUGGAGUUUUUCUUUGUUGUCAUUGAUUGCCCUUCAACGUAAUACUGGAAGAAGGAAAGUUGCUUAUUGGGGU